UCUGUUUAUUAAUAGAAAGCGGACCAGAGAAGACCAGCGCAGAGCUCAGCUGCCUUCUUCCGCCAUUACUCGCAUCUAUAUUUCUUUCGGCAUUCCCUCCAAAGUCAACUCGAUCCUCAAAACUAUAUUCCUACAACCACCUUCCUCCGCCAUGGAAACCCGCCAACUCGACCAACUCGACCCGGACCCUCCGCUCCCGCGCCUCCGUGUCCAACCCUCUUCCCCUCCUCGCGUUCCCAUAACCACUCCCAUCCCCUCCUCUCACCGCCGCAUAGCCAUCGCCGUUGAUCUCAGCGACGAAAGUGCUUAUGCUGUUAAGUGGGCCGUUAAAAACUACCUUCGCCCGGAUGACUCCGUCAUCCUCCUCCACGUGCGUCCUACCUCCGUCCUCUGUGGUGCUGACUGGGGCUCGAUCAAGCUCCACAUCAACGAUAAUAGCGAUGGGGCACCUCUAGACGAAAGUGAUCAGCAGAAGCUGGAAGAUGAUUUUAAUAAUUUCACUACCACGAAAGCCAAUUCCCUAGCGCAGCCGCUGGUUGAGGCGCAGUUUCCAUUCAAAAUCCAUAUAGUCGAGGACCAUGACAUGAAAGAAAGGCUAUGUUUGGAGGUGGAGAGGCUGGGGUUGAGCGCAGUUAUAAUGGGGAGCAGGGGUUUUGGGGCUGCCAGGAGGAAUAGUAAGGGGAGGCUAGGAAGCGUCAGCGAUUAUUGUGUGCAUCAUUGCAUUUGUCCGGUGGUGGUUGUGAGGUGCCCAGAUGAAAAGGAGGGGGAGAGCGAUGGUGAUGGUGGAAAAGAGGGUAGUGUAAAGAAAGGGAUAAUUGGAAAGGAGGUGGAGCUUCAUCCUGUGCCUGAGGAGGACCAGGAAUAUCAUGAUGCCUCUGAUGAGCAGAAAGAUUUUUAGCAGUCCCAGGGUGAAGGCGAGAUCCCCAAUUAUAGUUUGCAGCUAACAAUUAACGAACGUGAAUACAGUUCAAGGCAAUGAACAGCAAAGAACUUCCAGAAGAGUUUGAUGUAGAACUUGUUGUUGGUGAGCAAUGGGAUUGUUGCCUUGUACAUAUGGAUGAUGAGCGCAAUGUUGGUUUACAUAUCUGUUUCUCUUUUCUAGCAUACUUUCUGGCCUAAGUUUUAGGGUUGCUUUGAGAAUGCUACCACCCUUUUGAUUGUAUAACAUUGUCUUGGUUGAACUGCCUUUUGGGUUGUAUACAUUCUUCCAAAGCUUUGUGUAUGGUUUUUACUCGA